AUGAACCCAUCCAAUAAGCUCGUAGAGGAGAUACGGGACCAUAUGUUCGACAUAGCAGAGUCUGGCCAGCCCACGGUGCGUUUCGUCGACGUCAAGAACAAUAGAGGGAUCAAACGUGUUCGAGUAAACAUUAUUUAUGAAAAAGUUCCUCCAAGAAACGCAUCCGGUCUGGCCGACGAUCCGAACUGGCUGAAUGACGCCCCGCCUUCUAUUGAUCUCGAGGGGUACGAGGACGACGUGCCAGAAUGGGGUGGUAUCGAACAAGAAAUCUCUUCGGGCGUUCCCGAUUGGGUAGAAGGUGAAGAAAUCGAUAAUGAGGUGUCUGAAGACAGUUACUAUGUUUCCAAUCUUUGGAGCACUGGAGGUCUUGAUCAGGUUGAUGGUUCGGCUCCUAACCAUAAUCUUAUCAAUAGAAAAAGGAAGGCGAUCAAAAUGGAUACUUGCUUUCGGUACCCUAGCGGUAGUAGCGGAUUAUGUAGCGAAUAUCCAACUGCGGCAUCACACUGUAACCCUGUUCCAGCCGGUAUGUCAAUUGUUGUACGUGAGGAACUGAGUGAACCAAUAUCUUGCAAAGAGGAGUAUGAAAGCGAAAUGAAUGCUUUCCUAUAUAGUUGUUUUGGAGACCAUCAAAUUUUCCGACGGCAAGAUCCUGAUGUAGUAGCUUGCUUAAUCGAUAUACUGAACUGUGUCAGUAGCGGAAAAUCAAUACGUAUGACUCCUUCAACAGAUGUAUGUUCUGGAAGUAUUGCUCAAGUUGGACGAGAUCGGCCAGUAACUACGGGUUCCAUUUUUGGUGAUCAAUCGCCACUCUUAGCUCGAACUCAAUCACGAAACACAUGUCGGUUAUGUUUCGAGACUAAUGUGAAACAUUUGGAACGUCAUGUACUACAGCAUCACAUAAAACAACCAAUGUUCUUGUGCCCUUACUGCAAUUUUAGCAGCUGCUAUUCGCCAACUUCGGUGAAGGAUCACAUUAAAACUCGCCACAGUAUGCUCGAACCUGUACCUCUAGAUGUAAGAGAUGAAUACGCAGAGCUGAUUCAGACUGUCUAUGCUCAGUGUUUCGUAGACGAAAAUAGUCUGCUAGCCAGUAGAAUCAAUUUUAAACAGAAACUUGCAAGGAGUCCCCAAGUGCAAUACUUCCGUAAAGUCCAAUAUUUAACGUUCCUUUCUCGGAAUUCAAAAGUACUAAAUAUCAAAGUUGCCCAUGGAACUUAA